UUGAAGAGCAGGCUCAGCACUGGAUCGAUCAUCCUGAAGACAUCUGCGGAGCCACUGUUCCCCUCUGUACCUUCACAUGAUCAUCCGUUGCUGUCUCCUCCAAUCAAGUUUCUCCAGUGGUGUCUUCUGCCAGUACCAUCCCCCUCUGAAUCCAGAUGUUCUUCACAGAUGACAGUGGCUGAUGUGUUUGAUCUGCCUGGCGUUCAUUUUCGCUAGGGACUAAAAGCCAACAAGUAGAGGAACAACUAUUAAAAGAUGUAUGAUGAGAGACGGCCAUCUGAAGAUGAUUCAUCUGCUUCAGUACAAGAUGAUGAGAGCAAAAGGGAAGCAAAUUAUAUUAAGGUGGAGAACAGCAGCAGUGAAAAUGCUCACAUCGCAGAGCAGUCAGGGAACCGUGUACCUCCAGGGCAUUACAGACAAGGAUACUGCAGCUGCUGCCAAGUACAUUACAUUAACCUAGAAAAGCAUCUUGCAAGUGACAAUCACAGACAGCUGUCUACAUGCCACAGGAACCGUCUGGCAACCAGCAUGUUGAUGGAGCGUUUCCUGCAGGAUGUGCAUCGGUAUCACCCAGAGAAUUAUCAUGAUAUAAGACCAACAUAUGAUGAUAUACCAGAAACAAACAUAGUUUCUUCUACUAAAGAAGACCAGCUUUGUAAUCCACAUUUCCAAACACAAAAAAAUGAGCCUUCUUCUAUGGUACUAAGUCAAAGCUUGGGCAUGAACAACUUAUCUACAGGUGGUUCACAGUGCAACUACAGGAAAAUUACAUUUACUCAAACUCAUGGUCGAAAUCUUGAACAGCGACACAGUUCCAAAAGUGGUGGACCUCAUGAAAGUAUUCUAAAUGUUAACAAUAAAUUAACUUGUUGCCAAGAAACAGAAGGUCACUUUUGAGAAAUUUUGGAGAAGAAAUUAGAUUCUUUCAUACCUUUGACCCAGUGAAUUGUCAUGCUGCUUGGAGACUGCAUAAAAGAUGUGAUGAUUGUGAUCAGUGAAAAACCCAAUGGAAAAGGCUCUUAGUACUGUUUUCUGAAAAAUUAUAACCCUUUAAAUUACAGAAUCAGGAAAACUGAGCUAAAGUCAGUUAAAUCAAUUUGAAUAGAUAAUGAAGUUGAUAAUUUGGUCAUUGUGGUUAUAGCCUAGAAUUUGCUGACAUGCUCAUCUGUACACAGAUUUGUUUUUUUUUUUUUGUACUGUAUACA